AAGAUGAGUUGGAUACUCAAGCUUUUGAAAGAGGGUUACAAAUUCGUUGAACUACUCAGACACCGAUAUCCAACAAAAGUUCAUGCUGUCAGGAUUCCACAUCGUCGUGGAUUUUAUCAGCGAAAAGAAGAUAAAGAAGUUAUGAUUACCUUGAAACGCCUUUGCAAAUAUGGCAAUUCCUCGCGCGUGAAGACCCUGAUUUUACAUGGGCCAACAGGACACGGUAAAAAGCACUGUGCGGCAAAUCUGAUGGAUCAACUUUACAUUAAACCUGUACGCUCGCGAUUCUUCUGGAACAAACCAUGGAAUUUUCGAAACAGACCAACAAUCCUGUGGACAAUCAACGCAACAAAUGAAGCAACGAUGCUCGAAAGUUUCUGUAGUCUUGCCAAAGAAAUCGGUUUGACUGAACAGGCCAAGGCUGCAAAUCAGGAACUAUCACUUCUCAGCAGAACAUCAGAGGGAAGACAAUACCACAUGAAUGUUCAAAAUCCAUUCGAAGAAAAUGUCUACGCUUUGAAACACAUUUACGAAAAAGUUAUGAAGACCCUGAGAAGGCAAGGUUCCUGGGUGCUAUUAAUAGAAGGUGCUAAAGAGGAAAAGUCAAGUCGACAACAAUUUUGGCCGGCGCCAGGUGAUCCAAGCCUUGGAAAUGGUCUGGUGAUCAUGACUACUGAAGAUUCCAAGUUAUUGCAAGAGAAAGGUGUUGACUAUCCAUUGGCGAAGGUGUUCAUUGGUAGAAUGACGGAAGAAGAUGGAGCUAAAUUUCUUGCGAAAAUAAGUGAUAUCCAUUACACUGUUGCUAAACGCUUCGCAAAAGUAACACAUUGCAUACCCCAGAAUAUAGCAAAGUUGGGAGAUGCUAUAAGGGAAUACCAAGAAGAAACGAAUAAACAACUAACUUUUGAAAAUUUACCAGUACCAACGGAAGAAGUUACACUCCCUAAGUAUUUGAUGAUGAUGGAACUAACAAGUGGAAAUCGAACGCAGCUGUUAAAAUUCUUGGCCUGCUGUUCAAGUGAAAACUAUUUGCCCCUAGAAAUUCUAGAGGGAGGUAUUGAAGGUCCAUUGGAACGAGAAAAUUUAGAAAAAUUUGUUGAUCUUUCUGUGAGAGAGGAAAUUGAUGUGGUAACCAUACAUCCACGAGACCACACCAUGCUCAGAGAUAUACUCAAUGGGCAAAGCCAAAGUGAUAAUGAAGAGACACGGACUUACGUAUUGAACUUUCCCUUCUUGACAAACCAACCACGCAACAUAAACACUCUUACUCUGUCGUGUCUCGAUGUCUCUCGCGUGAUUAAAUGCCUAGGCGAUGUAUGCAAAAAUGCUCUUCAAAACAACAGAGAUAAAGAUUUCAAAUUGUUGCGCUUCGUUUUACCACAUCUGAAAGAAGCUGUAAAGCUCAAGGACAAUUUGAAACUAGAAGGAGAAUUCGACCCCCUCGUCAUGGCUAAUGGACAUGCCUGUCUUGGGGUAGGUUCGCUCAUCUUUAGCAGGCCUGAAGAAGCAAGAAAGGACCUAAAGAUUGCUCUAGAUCUCUUCAAGAACUAUGAAGGCGAGGAAAAUGUGCAACUUGACUUGGCUAACGUGUGGCACUUCCUGGGAGAGGCCCACAGCAACAGAUUUCCAAUUUUAUGCGUGGAAAAGUGCGUCGACAUUACUGGGAUAAAUCGGAGUGUCAGUCACCUCGCGAGCCCGUGGGAAGGAGAAAUAUGUUUACAAGAAGCCUUACGAGAGAAAGAACAGUUCUACAAAGGAAAGGAUGACCCACAGAUUGCUUUGACUCUACGAAGUCUUGGAAAUGUAAUGAAUGAAGUGGGAAGACAUACCAAAGCUAUUAACUUCAUCCAAAGAGCCUUGAAGAUUUAUUUCGAUAAAGAAAACUUCAAAAAGGAAUAUGGUUUCACCCUGAGUGCAUUAGGAUCUUCGUACCGCUACCUUGGUCAGUAUGCUGAAGCAGAAGACUACUUAAAGAUGGCUCUCGAAAUCUUUGAAUCCGUCGAAUCACCGAGCGAACUAAGGAUUGGCGUGACACUCAGCCGUUUGGCCUCUGUGCAAAGAAAUAUGGACAAACUAGAUGAAAGCAUUGCUUCAUUGGAAAUAGCACUUGAAAAGUUUGGAGACAACAACAUUUACAGUGCUGUUAUUUUAUCAAAGCUGAGUGUAGUAUACCGUGACAAAGGGGAUUUUAAAAGAAGUUUCCUGUUUGCGUCGAAAGCUAAAAAAAUUGUAGAUGAACAUUAUGGCACAAAAAGUCAUCCCGCUAGAGCUACAGCACUGUUAAAUCUUGGACAUGCGCUGAGUGAUGUGGGAGAUGUAGACGAUGCAGUAAAAAGUCUUACAGAGGCCUUAGAUAUCAACAAGGAGAUCCAUGGUAGUAUCCAUCGCAUUGUGGCCGCCAACUAUAAUUACUUAUCGUAUGGCUCCCUACAGAUGGGAAUGGUUCAACAAGCCAAGAAAGAGCUACUAAACGCUUUAAAGGGUAUGGACCAUUACUCUCGCUCUCACCCAGAGAGAGCUAAUUCUCUAAAGAGGUUAAGCAAGGUCUGCUUAAUCCUCGGGGAAACCGUCAAAAGCGCAGAUUUAGCAGACCGUGCUCUCCAAAUCUACAAACAAACGCAUGGAGAUACCAUGGAACACAGAGAGGUGCGGAUGGGUACAGUUCGGGUGGCUCACGCUUGCUCCAAGCUUGGUUUGUGUGACAAUGCUGAAAAAUAUUUCAAAGAGGCAGAACUUGAUUUUCCCGAGGGCCAAGAAAUUAGGUCCCACUCCGAAUUUGCCGUACUUCUCAGGAAGAAAACCGAAAUUAUUUUAGACAGCUACGAAUUCCGCUGGCCUUUGGACGAGGUGGGCGUCCAAGAAAUACUUUCGCAGGCAAACAAGGAUUUACUCCGAGCAGAAGAAAUUUUGAGCUAUCCAUUUCGAUUUGAACAACAAAUCGCAUUAACAAAGAAGGAAAAAGCGCGCUUAAGCAUGCUAAUGGGAAAUUACUGCAGCGCGUAUGACGACAUUCGUUCAGCUCUAAACAUUCUCCCGCGGUAUUGCGAUUAUUUGAAGGCAGAUUUUUUAUUGGUAAAGAGUGAUGCUGAAAGAGGCAGAAAUCUGGCUAAUAGAUCAAAGGAGUCUUUGGAAACAGCUGAAAAUAUUUAUCAAAAUACUUUUGGUGACGACCAUCCAGUGAUUGCAGUCACUUUGCAAAAGAAGUGUUCUCUACAUUUGGAUUUCGAGCACAAAAGUAACACUGGCAAGAACGAAGCACAUAAAUAUUUUGAAGCAAGUCACCAAGCUUGUGAAGUCCUUAAAAGUAACUUGGAGCAGCAGCUUGCCGGUGUCCAAACAGAUUUUCUCAAAAACUACAGUUUUGAGCGACACCCUAUUCUCAAACGACAGAAGUCGCUUCAUAAAAGGUUAACGCGUAAUCAAGGUUCUUGGUGAGCUGAAGAAAGACACUCUACAAAAGAAAAAAAAGAACAAGAACAUUUCAACAACAGUUUACAGAAGUUUAUAGAGCCUGAAAACGAUUCCCUUUCUGUUCACCAAUUCUUUGAUGUGACGAUAGUUCCGCUCUUUCUAUUAUUUCAUUGAUGAAACGACCAUUAGGGCCACUUUCUUAUAUCAUGGCUGUCUCAUAUUAUGCUUUCAUGUUCAGAGGUAAAGAUGAACGCGACUUACAAAAAUUUUAGGGGAAGCGGCAGGUUGUUUUAACAUAGGUUUCAUUCCAAUAGACUACACUCUUUUUUGAGCACUUAUGAAGUGAGAAAAUCACGAUAAUCGUGAAUUCUUGUGAGUGGUGGAAAAGAAGUGGGAGGGGUGGAGGCAAGACAGUCUCCUGGUUAUAUGGAAUAAACAUUACGUAAAAUCACACGUCGUUUCUCUACUCCCAUGAACAGCCAAUCGUUACUAACCACUUUAACUAACGAUCUUCAUCUCUGAGUGCUACUAUUGAUGGACGGUUUCAUCUAGAAACGUCUUUAAAGUACAAAAUGAAAUAUUUUGUUUUCUGUAAUAUAUUGUUAAAUGCUCUCUGACCAGUUGCUGUAAGUUAACUGGUUAUGUCAACAACUACUUAAUUUUACUUAAUUUUACUUAAUUAUACCUUUUGACCCUUCUAGGAGUUUUUAGACUUUCCAGGGUUUCUAGUUAGACUAGUAUUAUCCUUGAAUCGAGAUAAGUCACGAGGUAUAGCUUUUUAUGUAAAAAAAAAAAAAGUGUGAAGAGUAUCUUUGCGGAAACGAAUCUAUUUUGGUAUUCGUUUUUAAGUUGCAUGCUUAUGGAACACGUUAUUGUUAUUAAUAAGGAAAAGUGAAUCCGUUCCUCAUUUAAUCCUUUCACUCCCAAGAUCUCAUUUGAAAUUCUCGCUACUGUCUGCCAUGCAAUUGUUUUGAUGUUCCUUCAGAGAAUUUGAAACAUCAAACACCAAAGGAACUCUUUUUUCGAAAAUUAGCAUGACAACAACAAUAACAAAUCCAGAUGUGCCCUCUAAUCAGUAAAAUUUGAGUAAGCAUAAUUAAUGCAACCCU